AUGUGGAUAAACCUCAGCCAUAUUAACAAGUGCCACAAAGUACCCGUCAGCUCUGGAUCCAUCCCCGCGCGACUACUCCCCGGGGCUCCAUCACAGCCACAGAACUUCCAUCUCGAGCAGAGAGUGACAGAUGCUGCCGGGAACGUGCCGUACGAUGCUAUCAGCGAUAGACGACCCUUACAAGUUCCCCAUGGGACGGCGCAAGUUGGCGUAGAAAACGUAUUUCGUACGAAUCACGCGAACUUCAUCUCCGGAAAUGAAGCUCCAAAAAGAGGUCAGCAAGAUCUCACGCGCAUAUCAAGCAUAUUGGCCACUGCCCAUGCAGCUGUCCAACCACCGAGCCAAAGCACGCAACCCCUAUCACAAUCGUUGUUGCACGAGGAUAAUACUCCCAUCUCGGCUCAAGGUGUUCGCCACGUCGAGCCGCGCCAGCGACUUUCCCUGUUCGAGCCCCAGAUGGUGGACUUUUCCGUCGACGGAUUGAACCCUGAAAAUGGUUUUCCCAUGGACGUAAUUUAUGAGAGCCUCCUGGCGCGCAUGAUGCGUGACUCAAACACCCCAAUUGCGCCGCUUUUACGACCGUGCAGUGGGGCACAUACCCCGAAAUUCAAUUCGAGCGGGAGAUUUACCUGCCCGACAUGGCCACCCGAUACUUUGUCGCGAAGCGCCUAUUGGGACUACCAAGCGGUAGGGAUCGUUGCUCUACUAGAGCGACAGCACGAGGAUCACUUACUAUUACCUUCAGAUAUGCAAGACGCAGCGACCUCUCCCGGGACAGGAGGCGUUGUGUAA